GUUGGUGUUUUUGCCAACCCAUCCUCUCUCUAUUUCUGCCUCCAAACGUGAAGUUACACAGAGGCCUCAUUAUAUAAAAACCCAGUUAGUUCCAACCAUUGCAUUUCUUUGAAAACCUGCAAUACUUAUUCAUCGUAACUCAUAAGUUUAUUUUGGUAUUCGGAUAAUAACAGAACAAAAACAAACCCCUAUAAUUCAUAUUUUUUAAAGCAAACCUUUUUUCUUGAUCCUACCCUCUUUGUAGUUUGGUUCAGAAUUGUGUUAAUUAAGAAGCCCUUCUUUUUUCCACUUGUAAUUGCAAACCAUAAGUUGGAAGACAUGGCUUGUUUGGUUGCUCGGACGGGAAGGGAAUUGCAGAGGUACAACAUGGGCCGCCGACAGGUCGUAGGAUGCAUUCCUUAUAGAUACAAAAAUGGCCGUGAUGGUGCGAUCAGCGAUGAAUUGGAAGUGCUUGUGAUCACUUCACAGAAAGGCAAUGCAUUUAUGUUCCCUAAGGGUGGUUGGGAACUUGAUGAAUCCGUAGAAGAAGCUGCUUCACGGGAAUCACUAGAAGAAGCGGGUGUUGUGGGCAAUGUUGAGUGUGAAUUGGGAAAAUGGAGUUUCAUGAGCAAAAGCCAGGAGACAUACUAUGAAGGGUACAUGUUCCCCUUGUUUGUGAAGGAGCAACUGGAUCUAUGGCCCGAGAAGAACGUUCGGCGAAGAAUCUGGAUGAGUGCUGCGAAAGCUAGAGAAGCUUGUCAGCAUUGGUGGAUGAAGGAAGCCUUGGACAUUUUGGUUGAACGGCUUACCUCAGCACAGAAACAAGAGGAAGAAAAUGCACUGGCUUGCUCUUUAAGUUGAUUAAUUAUUAAAAAGUUUCCCAUGAUUUUGUACAUAGACACUGCUGAUCAGAAGCAGUUUCCAUAUACAGCCAGAAGAUUGGAUUGUAUAUAGAGCAAACCUCAGGCAGACAAAAAGUGUAAGAAAGGGAAAUUAGUUUUAGUUUUGUGUUGUCAUUAGGAUUUUUUAGUUAGCUCUCCUCACCUUCGGAUGAGAGAGCAGAUUGAUAUGUUAUAGAAGCAACUGUAGAAAAAGCCAGUUACUUGUCUCAUUCAUGUUAUCAAAAGUACUGCAAAUCUAGGAAUUGUUGUUGUCGAUUC